GAAAUACCCCUUUAUCAAAGAUAAAAAAUAAACACUACGUAACUUUAUUGCAUUAGAAAAGAUUAUACUAUGACGGACCUCCCUUGUUCAGUGUAUUAUCUUGGAGCAAGGGUUAAUAUUUGUUCGAUUCUGUUGGUAAUAAUGGAACAAUUCUGUUCGUAGGAACAAAGAGAAGCAGAUUUAUUCUAUACUCGAUAAGUACCAAUACGCAAUGGGGGGUUAAUAUCAUUUCCUAUGAACGAAUACGUCCAUACUUGUUCAUCAUUGGAAAGACCUAUUUGUAAUAAUUUUCCUUUAUUCAUUCUGUCUUCCUUUAUGAAUUUUUCUAAUUUAUGGCUAAAAUAUGAUAAAGACCCAUAUUAUAAAGACAAUAAACAAAUUGUUACGUUUCCACAUCAAAGUGAAAUAUAGUACUUAGUUCUUUUUUCUUUCAUUUAAUGCCUAUUGGUGUUCCAAAAGUACCUUUUCGAAGUCCUGGAGAGGAAGACGCAUCUUGGGUUGACGUAUACAACCGACUUUAUCGAGAAAGAUUACUUUUUUUAGGCCAAGAGGUUGAUAGCGAGAUCUCGAAUCAACUUAUUGGUCUUAUGGUAUAUCUCAGUAUCGAGGAUGAUACCAAAGAUCUGUAUUUGUUUAUAAACUCUCCUGGCGGAUGGGUAAUACCCGGAAUAGCUAUUUUUGAUACUAUGCAAUUUGUGCAACCAGAUGUACAUACAAUAUGCAUGGGAAUGGCUGCUUCAAUGGGAUCUUUUAUCCUGGUCGGGGGAGAAAUUACCAAACGUCUAGCAUUCCCUCACGCUUGGGUAAUGAUCCAUCAACCUGCGAGUGCUUAUUAUGAGGCACAAACGGGAGAAUUUAUCCUGGAAGCGGAAGAACUGCUGAAACUGCGCGAAACCCUCACAAGGGUUUAUGUACAAAGAACGGGCAAACCCUUAUGGGUUGUAUCUGAAGACAUGGAGAGGGAUGUUUUUAUGUCAGCAACAGAAGCCCAAGCUUAUGGAAUCGUUGAUCUUGUAGCGGUUGAAUGAAAAUAGCACGGAUUUCACACAAAUCCGCGAUUUAAGAUUUGAUUUUCUUGCCGGGUUUAAUAUUCUAUUCAAAAGAAGUAAUUCAUAAUCAUCCGGUUAGGAUCGAUCUAAACCAGCCCAUUAUGUAUAUGAUUCAACAUGCCAACCAUUAAACAACUUAUUAGAAAUACAAGACAGCCAAUCAGAAAUGUCACAAAAUCCCCCGCUCUUCGGGGAUGCCCUCAGCGUCGAGGAACAUGUACUAGGGUGUAUGUGCGACUCGUUCAGAUCAUGGGCUGGGACAAAGGAAAGAAAACCAAUUUUCCAGUAACAACGAUCAGUACCGAUGAAUAGGAUAGACUGUAAGAACUCCAUUCGCUAUCUAAAAAUAAAAAAUCUAUCGUAUCCCUCUAUUGUGUAUGAAAUUUAUGGUUUCCGUUGGUGCAAAUCCAAUCACCUCUAUUUUAAAUGAAAAGCAAUUCCCCAUUGGUAACAAAUGGUUAUUCAUUAAGCGGGGAAAAUCCUAUUUAAAAUUUAAAAAACAGAAAGAUUAGGUUCCCACUCUUGCAAGAACGGACUCACAGGGUCAGCUACCCCGCUAACUUUUAUAAUUAAAUACCGUUACUGUAUAGGUAGAUCUCAUUGUGAAAGACCUAGUACUGGAUAAUUCAUGGGUAGAGCCAAAGAGUGUGAACUGUACAAGUUACCAAUAACAUUGAUUAAAUCAAGUAAGGGGCUCCGGUGUAUAGAGAAGGCCUCACCGUUUAAGAAGUAACCAUAGAAACGAUGGAACCCACUAUUUCUUUAUCCAUUUAUAUUUACUACUUUAUUUAUUUACUAUAUUUUUGAUACCUAGGAGAAUACAAUUGAUUAUUUCUAGGUGAAAUGCCUAGAAAAAAUCGUGGUCGGGAAGGUUAUAGUAGCCAAAGCCAUUGGAAUUUUUAUUUUAUACAUUGGAAAAAUCCGUUUUGUUAUUAAUAGGCUAGGAAGGGGGAAAAGAAUAACUGAAAGAAAGGAAAUCAAUUAGUUAUUCGUCAAAGUUUCAAUUAUUCAAUGACCAGAAUUAAGCGAGGAUAUAUAGCUCGGAGACGUAGAACAAAAAUUCGUUUAUUUGCAUCAAGCUUUCGGGGGGCUCAUUCAAGACUUACUCGAACUAUUACUCAACAGAAAAUAAAAGCUUUGGUUUCGGCUAAUAGGGAUAGAGAUAGGCAAAAGAGAAAUUUUCGUCGUUUGUGGAUCACUCGGAUAAACGCAGGAAUUCGUGAAGGGGGGGUCUCUUAUAGUUAUAGUAGAUUAAUACACGAUCUGUACAAGAGACAGUUGCUUCUUAAUCGUAAAAUACUUGCACAAGUCGCUAUAUUAAAUAGGAAUUGUCUUUAUAUGAUUUCCAAUGAGAUCAUAAAAUAAGUAGAUUGGGCGGAAUUCACCGGAAUAGUUUAAACAGAGUUCCCCGGAGAAUGAACUCCGGGAGGUAGAGUAGAAAUGAAUAUGAUAAAAUAUGAUAAAGUAGUCAAAAUGAAUGAACACGUUCAAUAAAAAAAGAUUUAUUCUUUUUUCCCGAUUCUUUUUUUUCUUACGACACGACAAUCAAAUCUGGAUUCGCAUAUUUUUCGAACAAAACAUCAAUCCGCUUUUGAGGUUCGGAUUGGAAUUGAAUUUGAACUCAAUUGAAGAAAGAGUAAGCCUAUUUAUUUCUGGUUUUAAGACCGGUAGUUCUAGCGGUCGACUCGGUUCUUUCAAAUUGUUUCUCAUUAUUAAGAAAAGGUAACGAAGAUAAAAUACGAGCUUGUUUUAUAGCAAUAGUAAUUAAUCGUUGUUGUUUCAAGGUUAAUCUAUUCACUCGUCUAGAUAAUAUUUUUCCUUGUUCACUAAUAAAUCGACUAAUUAAACUCAUGUUUCUAUAAUCAAUUCGAUCCCCCGAUUGGAUCGGGGGCAAACGCCUACGAAAAGAUCGCUUGGAUUUAAGAAAAGGUCGCUUGGAUUUAUCCAUGGUUUGUUUAGUUUAUUCCUUAUCCCGAAUAUCCUAUUUCGGUCGGAUCUAAAAUGAAUUAGAAUUAAGAAAUAGGAUUUGGUUUGUUUAUAUUUCAAUAUGUUAUGUAUAUAUAAUAUAUAAUGUCAUUUUUCCCCUUCCUUUGAAGAGUGACACACAGAUGCUCGGUUCGAUUUAUUUCUUUAUCUCCCCAUGAAUCGUAUGUUUGUGACAAUAGGGACAGAAUUUUCGCAAUUCCAAUCGAUUAGGCGUAUUGUGUCGAUUCUUUUGAGUAAUAUAUCUGGAAAUGCCCGUUGAUGCCUUAUUAACAUUAACGCCGUUUCGGACACAACUGGUACAUUCCAAAAUUACCGUUACUCGGACAUCUUUACCCUUGGCCAUGAACCUCCCUUUGGAUUUUUUAUUUAAUCAACCCUUCUGUUUUCGGUCCGAAACGAAGAAGAAGAAAGAAAAAAAAUAGAAGUUACUAACUAGAAAUCAAAUAAUGAAAGAUUUCGCUGCAAUCAAUAAAGUAAUAAUAAGUAAUACAAUGAUUUCUAAAUUAUAUUUCGAAUCACAGUACAAGUACAGUAUUUCAUUUAAGUAUCUUGGAUAAUACUCUUGUCCUAGUCCCGCAUUUUUCGUUCUACCUCUAUUAUUAAUUUAAUUCGAACUUGAACCCGAGUGUCGCAGAUGUUGAAUCCACUUUUCUUUUUUCUCUUUCCUCCCUUAUUCUAAAAAAAGGGAAAAAAGAGAAAAGAGGGGUUAGUCACAGAUAUUUGAUUGUAUCUCUAAUUGUCGUCAUUCUUUCCCAUGUCAAUAACUAGAAUGAAAAAAAGGGGAAUGUCAACGCAUCCGGGAAAAAACGAUUAAUCUCUAUCAAUAGGCCUGCUAAAGCCCCAAACCAUAGAGUACUUAAUACCGGCGCCACGGAGAGAUAUGUUUUUAGAUCUCGCAUUGAAAACCCUCCUUCUUUAUUUUAUUGUAAUACAUAAUGGUAAUACAUAUAUGAUCAGAUACAUAUGUAGUUAAGGACCACUUGUAGUUGUACACGGAAUCCCUAAUUUAAAUUGAAAUGUACAAUGAUCCGGUAGAUAAUAUUUUCCCUUUUUAAAAAACGAAAACCGAAAAAAAAUAUGUCCCUUUCUUCUUGAGCAUUCCCGAAAAAUAUUAAUUUAUUUUUACUUUUACGGUGGGUUCCAUA